UUACUCUCUCUAUAUAUGACGUCACUAAGCACAGGUCGCAACACUCCACUUUCGGUUGCAGUGAUCGCAAGAACUGUGACACAAAACCACAAGUUCAGAUACAAUAAUACUGACAGUGUGAACGUUUCAAGCAAACGCGUUACUAUGGCAGAAUCUUUGGAACAGAUGUCAAAAUCCGAUACUAUAAGGCUUCGCGAUCGUCAUAUCGGGCAAUCAUGUAAGCUAUUCUACAAGUCAAAUCCAUUAAAAAUUGUGAGGGCCCAGGGACAGUACAUGUACGAUGAAAAGGACAACCGAUACUUGGACUGCAUUAAUAAUGUUGCGCACGUCGGUCACUGCCAUCCAGACGUCGUUCGAGCCGGACAGGAACAGAUGGCUUUAUUGUCCACGAACAAUCGCUUCCUCCACGAUAAUUUGGUGAUAUGUGCGAGCCGACUGGCGUCGCUUCUACCUGAACCGCUGUCCGUUUGCUUCCUGGUGAACUCCGGGAGCGAAGCUAACGAUCUUGCUCUUCGUCUUGCUCAGACGCACACGAGGAAUAAGGAUGUUAUUACGUUGGAUCACGCUUAUCACGGGCAUUUGACAACGAUAAUCGAUAUCUCGCCGUACAAGUUCAACAAACCUAACGGCACCGGCAAAAAGGAUUGGGUGCACGUGGCUCCUUGCCCAGAUGUGUAUCGCGGAAAAUAUCGUGCCACCGAUUACGCCGACGAGGAUCUCGGUGCCAAAUAUGCUGAGGAUGUGAAACAAAUUUGCAAGGACAUCAAGUCCAAAGGACAAGGGGUUUGCGCCUACAUUGCGGAAAGUCUCGUGUCGGUCGGCGGACAGAUUCUGCCGCCACAAAAUUAUUUCCGCAAUGCAUAUAAAUAUGUACGUGAAGCCGGAGGAGUCUGCAUUGCGGAUGAGGUCCAGGUCGGUUUCGGAAGAGUCGGCACUCACAUGUGGGCGUUCCAAUUGUACGGUGAGGACGUUAUUCCAGACAUAGUCACCAUGGGCAAGCCCAUGGGCAACGGGCAUCCCGUUGCUGCGGUCGUUACAACGCCGGAAAUCGCACGCAGUUUCUGCGACACUGGAAUCGAAUAUUUCAACACGUAUGGAGGCAACCCCGUGUCCUGUGCAGUGGCAAACGCGGUGAUGAAGGUGAUAGAACGUGAAAACCUGCAGGAAAACGCCCUAAAAGUCGGCAAUCAUCUGAUCGCGGAAUUGGAGAAACUGGCGAAACGACGGAGGAUCAUCGGUGACGUGCGCGGUGCUGGACUAUUUGUGGGCAUCGAAUUAGUACGCGACAGAAUCAAGAGGAUACCAGCGACGGCGGAAGCAAAGCAUAUUGUGUCCAGGAUGAAGGAGAAAAAGAUUCUUAUCAGUAGCGAUGGACCUGAUAACAACGUGCUGAAAUUGAAGCCGCCGAUGGUUUUCAACAUCGAGAAUGUCAAUCAUUUUGUAUCUGUUCUCGAUGAAGUUCUCGAGGAAGUUGACAUUGAUUUCGAUAAGGAACCGGAAACCACCACAACUAUCAUCAAGGCAACGAUCUCGUCUAUAGAAGUCGAUAGAAGUACCGCGGUAAACGGUGGAAAUUCACUACUCGUUCGCGCUAAUUAAUAAUCUAUUUCGAAAAUAUCUAAGAAAAUGCAGCAAUUUUAUAUUAAAAGUAUUAUUAUUUUUAAGAUACAUGUUAUGCAUAUUGCUAUACAUAUUACGACAUAUUCUUGUGCAGCCUCAUUGAAAAUAAGUGUACAUAAAAAUUUAGGAUUAGUUUAAGAAGAUAAGAUGAUAUUAUUAUUAAGAUAUUAUAUAAAAUAUAUUUAAAUCAAUAUACAUUUUUA